UUCACGGUCGUAGUUGUAAAAAAUAAUGAGUGAUUAACGGUUGAAUUUUUGUAGCCCUUUUGCGGUCAAACGAACAGGACCACGAACGCGAACGACACGAACGAAUCUGCCGUUUGACCCACAAAUAUUUGCAUAAUGCCAAUCGCGUAUCGAAGCAGCGUUUAUUUGCGACAUACCGGAAGCUAAAACACGGAUUCCUGUGUGAGAGAAGUGAUUCAGAAGCACUCUACCAUUUAUUUUACCAUUUGUGAUUUUUAGGACAAUAUGUUUCCCAAGAAUGUUGAAAAAUGUAGGCCCUAUGUUAUAUUUUUUAUUCGUUUUCGUUUAGGCAUGUUUAGACAGCCAUCAUCAUGAUCAUUGUCAUUAGGGAAGAGCUCCAUAUACAGACGCCUGUAAUUAUUCCCCACUGUGACCUGUGAGCCUUCAGAAAGCAAAAUAUGACCAGAAAAGUUCAAUUUAAGAGGGGAAAACCCAAGUCAUUUACUUAGAAAACACUUAGAAUCUUUCAAACCAGUCUCAUAGGGUUUGUGCAUGGGGUGUCAAGUGGCAUCGGUAUAUGGAACUUUCCUAGUUAUUAACAUGAAAGGAGACAAGUUUGACGUGUCAACAAUUGUGAAGUAGGUUGUAUUGUAAUCGUAUUAACUGGGGCCUAAUUUCAGCAUGAUCAGGGUGUUUCAUUGCAACAGAAAACUGACCAAGGCCAGUAAGGCCAGAGACAUCGUGGACAUGAGUGACUUAACACAAGUAACUAACAUGACAAAUGUGAGUCAUCACUCAAACAUGACACAAUCAGUAAAGUUCUAGUUUAUAGCAGGUCAUGCAGAUCGUAAUUCACGAUCUACAUGUAGAUAUUACCUUCCUUGGCAAAAAUAAAUCUACUUAGACAUUUUGUUCACAAGAUAGAGCUAUUGUUUAAAGUUAAAUGCACUAGUACUGCCCUCAAGGUCCCAUUGACCCCAUGCAAGCAACCUGCUUGGGUCAUAGAUAGUGAAACCUGCACACUUUGGCUAGAAUUAUAACCAAUGUUGACUCAAGCCACAAAAAUCACAUUAGUCAUUAGUAUAUUUAGUAAUGGACGUAGUGGCUUCAGCACAGAUAGUCUUGAAAUCCUAUAGUAUUAGUAAAAUUCAGUGAAAUUUUUAUGUAGAGCAAUGCCAAAACAAUUUUCAGGACAGAAAUUCAACCCAGAAGGAUCCAUCCAUCCAAAUGGAAGUGGACACUGAAGUGGCAUUCUUUAAUACAUAAUUCAGGAAUAUCAGGUGGAACCAAUCGUGAAGUUUUAGUGUGCUAUGUCAGUGCCAUGAAAUGUUUAUGAAUCCAGGUCUGAAUAGAUGGAGAGUUAGCUGUUGCAGGCUAAGCGUUGUUUUUGUGCAUCUACCAGUCUCAGUACCUUGGUAUGCUUGGUACUGCGUGUGCCAUGAUUGAUACAUUUUUUGCCGAAUACAUUUAUAAGGAAAACUAGUCACCCACAUAGCUCCCAACACCAGGUAUUUCCCCAUGUUCGCUCACUGAGUCAGGCAGAGGUCAGAGACUGGUCCCACCAUGGAGGAGGGGCUUAAACUGGCCACAGGUGGGGACGACAUCAAGCUGUGGGAUGUGGCAGGUAGCUCCGCCCCUCUGCAUCAGUUUUCGCCACACUCCAGUGGCAUCUCCUCAAUCAGCUGGAGUCACAACAAUCAGAUAUUAGCCAGCGCGGGAAGUCAGGGGGACAAAGUCGUGCUGACAUUUGUCAAGAAUGCAGCGUCCAACAUCAUUGAAAUAGCAGAGGAUGAGAAGCAAACUUGUGUCGCCUUCAACUCCACGUCACGUUACCUUCUGACGGGAGGCAAGAAUCGCGUGGUCAGCAUCUGGGACCUCAAGUCCAGGAAAGUCAAGAAGACGUACAUGGGCCACCAAGAUGCAGUGACUUGCACCACCUUCAACUGGAAUGACACCUACGUCGCAUCCGGUUCGGCCAGUGGGGAGAUCCUGCUGCACAAUGUGGUCUCCGGUCAGGCCAGCAGCCCACUACUGGCCCCCAAACUGAAAUGCAUAAUCAAGAGCAUGACAGUGGAGUCCCCUCUGACCUCCAUCUCCUGCCUGCACGAUGGCGCCACACUGGCCGUAGGCUCCACCCGGGGCAAGGUCUACAUCUUUGACCUGAGGACAGGCUCCAGCCCGCUCAGGGUGCUACACGGCCACAAGUCCUCGGUGCAGUGCGUGCAGUUUCAGCACGGCUCAACGACGAGGAGCAAUGGAGUGAGUGGCAAAAGCAGCAAGCCAGCGCAGCCAGUGGGGGGCAGCCAGAAGCCUCCAGAGCCAACCCCGGGGGUGGCCCUGGUCAAUCCCACCAUCCACAGGGGCAGCAGGACAGCCGCAGAUUCAGACGUCAGCAAGCCACCGGAGCAAACGAGAGGGAGUGCAAACCGGCCGUCACCCAAGGAGGAUAUUGAAAAUCAGGACAUCAUAUCCCCGUUAAGAGAAGGCACAGUUCCUGCCGUCAAACACCCUGAAGGCAUCAACCACAUCAGCCGGCCUGACACCGUGGGCAAAGCCGAAGGGACUCCAGUCCAGUCCAGAGACAGCUUACCGGACUUUUUCUCACCACUGUCUGAGAACACAUCCAACAUCUCUGCAAGGCGAAAUCCGAUUGGCUCGGUGGAACUGGAGCCGCAACCAGCAUUUACCACCCCUCAACCAGUCACAAAGGGCGUUCCUAAGGAGAUACGGGUCCAGAAUGGUCCUGAUGUCCCAUCUUUGAAUGCAGUCUCACCCUUGAGAACAAACUCCUCAAGUAGUCAAGCAAAGCCCGUGAGCAAACCAGAAUUCAGUCUGGACCUGCCAGCUCAGCAGGCAGCAAGCCCCAGAAGGGAACGGAGCAAGUCGCUCACCAGUCCGCGCUCCCCCUUGCUCGGGCCAGACUUUGCCGCCGUUUCGCCAGGAGCUUCCUCGGGCCCGGAGAGCGAGCCUCCAAGGUUACGGAAUAUAGGGCUGUCAGCGACAGCAGGACUUGGGCCCGGCCGGGCGAAGGCAAGCGUAAUAGCAUCAACAGUGGAAGUAGAUGCUAAACCAGUAGGUGUAUCACCACGGAGGGGAAACUCCCCUGCCAGGGGACUCCUGGGGGGUUCGGCAGACGCUGCCGCCCGCAAGGUUGUGAACGGAGACAUUGGGGUGCUGUCCAGGGUCGGUCCCCCAACCUCCCUGGCCGACCCUCAAGAUGAUGGGCCAAGGGCGUCAGAGGGCAUGGCCAGCCUACAACCCUUCCAGGUUCAGUUCAUCAAGAACAUGAUUGACGACUCACUGGAGGAAUUCAAGGAGUCGUUUCACCGCGAGAUUCUGCAUCUACAGGGGGAGAUGGUCCGACAGUUUCAGAUCCAGCAGAAUGAGAUGCAGGAACUGUUGCAGAAGUACUCCAUCAAUGAGGGCCUCCUGGCAGAGAUUGAGAGACUGCGGGAAGAGAACAAGAACCUCAAGGCCAAGUACUGACCCGGGAUGGAGAACAGACCCAGGGUAGCUAGGCCAUGUCCAAAACAGGCUACAGCUGUGUCUAUUGUCAGCACACGGCUAUGUAUAGUGCAUUCGGCAUAGACCUAGCCAUAGCCCUAAACUGCAAGAUUUGGAUGUGGCCUGCACUAGGAGGAGCCUACAGGGUCUUUCCAGCAUCUACACAGUAAACCAACACCAAACGAUUUGAGAAGUUUUCUUUUCUGUGAACCAAGAUCCCAGUGGUUGGCACUGGUCCUGUCAGCCAGAUGAACUUAUUGGUCAGUGCGUGCACUGUAGGGGGCACUGUUCAGCCAGCAAGGAGAACACAGAUAAGUGGUUGUACUCGAAAUACUCUGAAGACUUUGAUGGAAGGGACUGGGAGCCAGUCUAAAUGUGAGAACACACACCUGAGUGCACGCACUUUUUAGUCGCACAAUCACCCGCUGCGACCUGAUCUCUGCAAAAAUGAGUCUUGAGGCCGGCUCAUACUUCAGGCGAGCGAAAAAGCAAAGUGUAUUUGGAGUGGCACGACAAUUGCAGCAAAUUUUAGCUCCAGUUGAAAUGUGUGCUCAACUGACAUCAGAAAUUCCCAUUAGUGUUUGCGUUUGUGCCUAGUGUGAACCACGAGGGCAGUGUUGUAUUCGAGCCCAUCACAACUCCCUGCAAGUCCCUGUAUUAAAGUCCAUCACAAGUCAUUCAAUCUUAA